AGAAGAUUUACAGAAUAUUAAUAAUAACUAAAAGAAGCAACUACUUCGUUGGGACUACCUGUGAGGUCACUAUAAGAUGCCUGAAUAAAAGAGGAGUGGCCGAUGGAGGUCCGUUUCUGAUCCCGCCCGAAAUAAACAAAACAAAAGUCAACACCUGACGCACAGAAAUUAUUGGUCGAAUCAUCAAGAAGUGUUGUAAAAAUGGAGAAGAACUACUACCACCAAUAAAAAAAUUAACUCGUUCGUGCAAGGCAAGUUUCUUUUCGGAGGUCAGUAAUCUUUAUCGGACUGAAUCUACCUGUUACCUGUUGGAGAGGCUAGCGGAACAGCUCUCAUUGCAAUUCUGCAUUUAAACGAAAAUCUGCAGUGAAGCGAUGGUCCCAACUAGUGCUCCAAAAGGAUGUGGUGGUGAUGUGAGCUCCAUAUAUUAUAAUCUGUGUGACCUGACAGCAGUAUGGGGCAUCGUAGUGGAAGCUGUUGCUGCUGUUGGUGUGCUGACUGCCUUUAUCUUGUUCGUCAUUCUCAUGGCUAGCUUACCGUUUGUGACAGACAAGAAGAGAAAGGGUAUGGUGGGCCUGCAGGCCAGCAUUUUAGUUUUCACACUGGGUCUGUUUGGACUUAGUUUUGCCUUUAUUGUGGAGCAGUAUUCUACUACCUGUGCUGCACGGAAGUACCUGUUUGGAGUACUGUUCUCAGGCUGUCUGGCCUGCCUGGUGAUGCAUGGGCUGUGGCUUGCCCUGCUGCAAAGGGGAGGGCGGGGGCCCAGGAGCUGGAUGUUAUGGCUGGGAGCCCUGGCUCUCUGGCUUGUCGAGGUGAUCAUCAACACCGAGUGGCUUGUCAUUACUGUGGCCAGGAGCCCACUCAGAGGUCUUGGUGUUCCUGACCUGGCCUGCAGCUAUGUCAGCCGGGACUUUGUGAUGGCCCUUAUAUAUGUAAUGGUUCUGAUAGCAGCUGUGGUGAUAACAUCUGUGCCCUCGCUAACACACAAGCAAAAGCACUGGCGCCGAGAUGGAGCCUUUAUCCUGGUCACAGGAGUCCUCACUUUGGCUCUUUGGAUAGCUUGGAUUGUCAUGUACAUCCAUGGGAACCGAGCAGUUGGUAAUCCCAGCUGGGACGAUCCGACUAUGGCUAUAGCCGUGGUGUCAAAUGCCUGGGUGUUCCUCUUGUUCUAUGCAAUUCCAGAAAUCUGUUUAUUGACCCAGGAGGACCCAAACAAGGAACAACCCGAUGGGGAAGAAGUCUAUCCUGCUAGAAGCCUGGUUUACGACAACAUUCUGAAGGAGCCACAGCCCACCCAGCAGCAUGUCUACGUAGAAAAUAAAGCCUUUUCUAUGGAUGAACCAGAAUCAACAAAUCCAGCGUCUCCAUACGGGGUUUACAAUGGUCAGGCACGAAGUUGUUUAUACCAGCCCACUGAAAUAGCCUUGAUUGCCAAAGGUCUGACAAGGAAGGACCAAGACUCAAUGAUACUUCGAACCACACCUGGCCCUUUGAAUAUGGGGAGCUGCAGCUCCGGGUCGUGCUCAGUGGAUUCCUUAACAUCUUCAGGACUAUCAUAAGUUAGCAGCCCGAGCCGAGCACAUUGCACUGAGCUUUUCCAUCUCAGAGCUCCAAGGAUCAGAUAUUUUAUAUCUCUGUUUUCUCUUAAGCAAUAACAGAGUGAAUGUCCAGUAAUAUUCAGUAUAUGACUGCUUAGUUUCCAUGAAUGUUUAUGCAAUGCUUGCUGUAUGUACAUCAAAACCACACAUUAUAAUAAUGAUGCAAACCACACUGGGCUUAUAGAGGAAAGAUUAUAAGGUCAAAUACAAGAUAUAUAUAUAUAUAUAUAUAUAUAUAUAUAUAUGUACAAAUUCUAACAUGUUCACACACACACACAUAUGUGUGUGGGUAUGCGUUAGAAUUUGUUCAUGAUCACCACAGUAUAACAUACUUAGUUGUAAAUUUAUGUAACUAUAAUGGUGUAAUCAUAUGCAAAAAUGUGGGUUUUAGCCAUGAAUGAAAUAAAUGUGAAGUUGUAAAUUCUAAGGUGUCAGCCCUACAAAUUUCAGUUAAAUUCUCUGGCGUUUUAGAUUACAGAAAGAAUCAACUAACAAGGAGAGGUACAGGAUGGUAAAAGAGGAAGUGUCAUCAUGUCAGCAGGACUGCUAAGUUUACUGCUUCAAAUAUUUACAUAUGUUUGCUUGAUAAGCCUGACCUGGCACCUAGCACGACAUCCAAGGGUUGGCUCUGUGAUGCCUGAGCUUUUAGUUCCGGAAGGGAGACUGCUGUGAUAGUCAAGCUGACGUUGUUGUAAUGCUGCUGAAUCCAACCAUCAAUCACUGUGGUAACAGAUUAAUAUUUCGUACGUAUUGCUGCCAGUAUUAUCAUCUACAACGGCUCUGACUCACAAGAGGUAGUCUGUCUUCUCUACAUGGACAAGCACAAUUAUUUUAAUAUAAUUUAUCUCGCUCACACACACUCACACAUCUUUAAAAGCUUCAGUCAGCAGUGGCUGCCUAGCAGCAGGCUUAAAUGUCUCUCUCCCAAUUACUCUUUUCCAUCCUGUACUGUCAGCAGCCAUGUACUUGAUCGGAAGAUAAAUUGCUCACUAACAGGAAAUCAGACAGCACUGAACAACAGAACACAUAAGCAAAUGAGGUUUUCCUCUGUAAUAACCUUCAGUAUCACCUUCUUGAUCUGGCUGAAAAAAGGCAGAAAAAAACAAGCGUUGCACGAUAUCCAAAAUGAAACACUGCAUGUGGACAUAAACAGAGCAGAAUAUUUCCAAUGAAACUGCUCAAGUCUGGUUAGAUUAAUGGACAACAUUUCAUGCUUCCCAGCGGACCUUUGGAUGGUUGGUAAAACAUUUAAUACAGAGAACUUCCAAUGUGUCACUUUGCACUAGAAAUAUUUGACUAAUAUAAAUACACUAACAUGAUUGAAGCUUUGUAUAUUACGUAACUUCGGGUCAGUAAAUUCAACUAAAAGAAGAAGGAGGUAAAAAAAAAAGCAGCAUCUUAAUGUCCUAAAUGAAAAACAGCUGUAAAGCCCCGAUAAUGUGAACAGCUGUCUUGCACACAGGUGGAAUAUAACCAAUGGCGAAUGUGCUCAGCUCAAGGGAGUCGGUACACCCAAUCACCAGCAGCUGUUCCCAUUUAAUACAUUUCCGUGUCACUGUGACAACCAUCAGAGGACAAACAUGGACUGAGGGUUUUACCAGUCAAGCUGAUUAAAUAGCAGUGAUUGGACCCACGAACCAUAUAAGAAUUCGGUAUUGACACCAUCUGGUCAUAUUAUUCAGUUGAUCAGUAUUGCAUUAUAUUAUCAAUGUGGGUUUUUUUUUCCUUAGAUAGCACGCUUUGAAAGUUUUUGAACAAAGAUUUGAAUAUGCGCAGUCUGCCUCAUAAUCAAAUAUUUAAACAAUGGCUUCGUUCAUGAGUGUAAAGCCUUUGAAGGAUUACAAAUAUAAAUAGCUGUGCCAGGCUCUAAUAAAUGUUGCACAUUUAAAAAGGUUAAUGGCUCAUUUAUCCCAAGACUGAGGCUAUCACAGACGUACAAACAAAAAACAGCAGCUGCAAAGGACUUUAAAACCCAAGAACAGCUAAAAAGGGUCUCAUGAGGAUAUUUGUUUUUUCAGCUGGUGUUUCUGAACAUCAGUGUGGAUGACAAUUCCAGAUUUAUCCAAAUGCUCUGGAAAAAACAGGGAAUAUGACAACAAACAGCAAACAUCUGCUGAGGAGCAUGGAAAAAAUCAAAAACAUCUAAUAAUAAAUAACCUCAUGGUUUCUCUCAACAUGUUAUUUACAUUUUCUAUAUAAAAUGCAGUCAUUACCACUCAACAACAACAUAAAAUACUUCAAUAUAUAAUAUGGCACCAACAAUGAGCAAGUUAUGUCGACUGUGUACAAGAGGAGUGCCAUCUAGUGGGACCACUAAAAACAAUCAGAGGAUCGUCUUUACUUUGAAAUAACCUGAUGGAUGGAUUUUACUGUCCAUCACAUGACGGACGACCUCAGAAUUUGGUUAUCUGAACAUGCAAAUGUGAAAAGACUGUAAAUACAAAUGAUGAAAUACGCAAGAGUUCCAAGGGUGAUGAAUGAGCGUAGGCAAAAUAUCUCCAUGUAUUUUCCAUCAGGCAUAGGCAAUCACUCUGCAGUGUUACAAAGCACUUUGAAAGCCGUUCACUCUUUUAAAUUAACAACGUUAUGAAAGCGGCAGUGUUGUUUACUGUACUUAAAGAUAAAAUGGAA